AACUUGUGGAAGUUUCCGGGCAACGUCAAUUCUAUAUUGUAGUGGUGUGACUGUAUAGCAGCAGGAUAUCGGCCGCGCGUAAUGAGUGAUGUAGAAGACGGUGAAUUGACCGACGGUGACGAGGAGCCUGAUUCAUAUCGCGAUGUUGCCGCGAAAGAUGUUUCACCGAUUUCAUUAAGUGACCUUCUGAAGGCUUCGUCAGACGCUGUUGAAGUAACUAGUUACGAUCAGGAAUUUUCCGAACUUCGGUCCUUGACGAGGGACGUUGCUGUCGUCCGAGGUAAGCGUUGUGAUCAGUCAACCGAACACAGGAGUUCAUCAACGAAAUCCGUCGAUAAAAAGGGAGCAUCCAAGCGUUGUGAUCGUCAGCGACGCACACAGGAAUAUGAUCACGAUUCGAGCAAGUCGCAACGCGAUGGAAGGAAGCGUACCCGGCGGAACUCCAGCUCCGAAAAGCGUAGUUUCUCGGUAGAUAAACGGAAUCCUGAUGAGAACUGGCGUUCUAAUCAAUCGUCGAGUAAUGAAUUCUACGACAGCGAUCCGAAUAGGAAUAAGAGCCGCGCAGUUUGCAAGUAUUUCCUGAAAGGAUUCUGUCGCAGACGCUAUAUUGACGUAGUAAUCACGGUUCUGCAGGAAAGUGAAUGCCCUUUUUCGCAUGAUGUCAGCGCUUUGAAACGGGAGGAGUUGUGUCGAUUUUACUUGACUACCGGCGGUUGUCGUAAAAGAGACUCUUGCUUGUUCAUGCACGAGGAGUUCCCUUGUAAAUAUUUUCACACUGGUGCCUCAUGCUAUGCAGGAGGAAAUUGCAGAUUUUCUCACGAACCUCUGAACGAUUUCACGAAGGAAUGCUUGGAUAAAGAGGCUGAAGGUCUGGAUUCAGCUGAAGAAAUUUUGAAUGUUGCCGGACCCGGCUUUUAUGUCAGCAACUGCCCCCAGAUACUUGUUCUUGAAGAGGAUAAGCCACAAGAUCUGGACCUUCGUUUCAUAGUUGGCGCUCCUCCGAGCAACAGCUUUGGAGCAUUCGAUGUUGACAUGAGACAUGGCGUGUUGUUUCCGGCUGAUGAGGAUCUCAGAGUUGGCCUUCCAUCUCCCCGACGCAUGCAAGCGGUAGAAGAAUCGCCUUGGGAUGAUUCUGCUGUUGACAGCGACGUGGAUGAAAAACCUCUGGUUAUUGAUGAAAGCGGAGAACCGUUUGAUUAUUCUGAAUUCUUUCUCUCUUGUUCCACGCUUCUCUUUUCCACUGCUGCUUCGAGUCGUCCGAAAACUGAGGCAAUUGCUAACAAGAUAAACGUGGAAUCGUGGACAUCAAUGGAUCAAUACACGAAGUACGUUGGCUUGUCGACGAACUGAAAUUUCACUGCUUUCAAGCAGAGAUUCUGUCCGUUAUCCCCAAUUAUUCCAUCGUCACCUACUUCUUUAUUUUAUUUGAAUAAAAUCAUUUCGUCUGCAGAAAA